AUGGCGUCAAAAGAGGGUUUCUGUUUCGAUGGAACGGAACAGCUGUUUCGACUUGAAAUUAAAUUCUAUACGAAACACUGUUCCCUUGAACCAUCUAAACUCAAGGCAAAACGGAAUGGUGCUGUUUUGUACAGCCCUAUUGGGGGGAGGGGGGGAGGAGUAGGAGAGUGGGCGCUCUGCUUUGCUGCAGCUGCAACAGCCACUGCUUCCCAUAGGCGGCAGCCGGGACUCAAGCACCGCUGGGGUGUUACUAUUGUAAAACCUAUAGUCUAUGGAAAUGUUGCGCGAUACUUUGGAAAGAAAAGAGAGGAAGAUGGUCAUACUCAUCAAUGGACAGUUUACGUGAAGCCUUACAGAAAUGAGGAUAUGUCUGCUUAUGUGAAGAAAAUUCAAUUCAAGUUACAUGAAAGCUACGGGAAUCCUUUAAGAGUUGUUACCAAACCGCCAUAUGAAAUUACUGAAACAGGUUGGGGGGAAUUUGAAAUCAUCAUUAAGAUAUUUUUUAUUGAUCCCAAUGAAAGGCCUGUAACUUUGUAUCAUUUGCUGAAGCUAUUUCAAUCUGAUACCAAUGCAAUACUGGGGAAGAAAACUGUGGUUUCUGAAUUUUAUGAUGAAAUGAUAUUUCAAGAUCCUACUGCUAUGAUGCAGCAGCUGUUGACAACCUCUCGUCAGCUGACACUAGGAGCUUACAAACAUGAGACUGAGUUUGCAGAUCUUGAAGUUAAAACCAGAGAAAAGCUGGAAGCUGCCAAAAAGAAAACCAGUUUUGAAAUAGCUGAGCUUAAAGAAAGAUUAAAAGCAAGCCGUGAAACUAUCAACUGUUUAAAGAAUGAAAUUAGGAAACUUGAAGAAGAUGAUCAGUCUAAAGAUAUCUAACAAGCAUCAACUUGAUAAAGACAUUAAACUGAAACUUAAGGGACUUUGAUUCUGGAAUCACAUUAACACUUUCUCUCUCUUUUGUGGAGGGAACUACAUACAGUUUCAUUAAUGAAUUUCAUUUGAAAAAUGUGGGAUUUAGCUUUAUACAUGAGCAAAUAAAAUUACACUUUUGUAGCUUAAAA